CUUCAUACAAAUUGAAUUCGAUACUUCAUAUGCGUCAUUUACUAAUCUAUCUUAUUUAGACAAACUAUGGUAAACUUGAAUUAGCGAAGCUCCGACAAGAUAUGACCCAUGUCUAUUAAGAUUGCAGAAAAUAUAAAAACCACACAUCUGAAGGUCCUUUAUAUGAAGUCGAUGAAACGAGGCUGUGUUGUAGCUGUCGCGUUACACGUUGAAUAGCCGUUGCUGUGCUCAUAUUCAAGUGUCGUUCGCGGGGUUGUCAACAUGUGGAUUAUUGUGUUGUCUUUCGUUUUAAUAUUCAACAUCUGCGAUGGAAUUAUUUAUCAUUUGAACGACUCGGAGCACCAGCGUAUGCCGGACCUCUUCGACUUGGACCGUUAUGAUUCCUGUCUGGCGAACUAUGGAGGUUUAUAUUGUGUCAUGAGAGUUGAUUUAUUUUCAGAUGCGAACAACAAACUCAUGAACCAAAUUAAAGAAUAUUCAGCGUAUACAUCUAAACAUUAUGACUACACGUACAUAAACAGAGGUGUGUGCGUCACACACACAUGCAAAGAUUUCAUUAAAAACAGAGAUUUAGAAAAAUAUGAUAAACGACAUGAAGUGAUCGAGGAAUGUAUGAAUGCAACUUUGUUUAGACAAUAUGGAUUACAAGCUAACGUUACUCAGAUAUAUAACUGUGAUAAGUAUGGUGAAAACACACAAAUUGAUGCCACAGACUGGAUAGUGGCUGGAGUGAUAGCCGCUUUACUCCUGUUAGUGAUUUUAUUCACAUUGUAUGAUAUUUCACAGAUUAAAAAUAUAAAUAACCAAGAAAGUUUGUUGAUGAAUUUUUCAUUGCGCAAAAAUUGGAAUGAUUUAGUGAAUACGGAAAAUUCAGAUCCGAGACGUAAACGACUGGAGGGGCUGCGCGGUGUCAGGGCGAUUACGAAUUGCCUCAUGAUAUUGGCCCACGUGUUCUUCAUCAAUAUGACGGGUUUUAUCGACUCCCCUCAUGCAGUUGAAAAGACAUACGAAUCAUUUCAGUAUUAUCUGGUAUAUAACGGGCUGCUGAUAGUCCAGAUAUUCUUCUUUAUGUCAGCUUUCCUGCAGUCUUACUUGAUGCAUCUACGUUCAGAAGUAGCGCCCUUCCAGUGGUCCGAGAUGCCCAUGAUACUGUUUGCGAGGUGGUGGAGGCUAAGUCCGUCGUAUGCAGUUCUGCUGGCGUUCUCAGCGACGUGGCUGAGACACUUGGGGUCGGGGCCGCUGUGGAGGCUGUAUGUGAGCGACUCCCUGGUGGCGCAGUGCCGUCGCUACUGGCCCCAACACCUGCUCUACAUCAACAACUAUGUCGCUGGUGACACCGACUGUCAAGUGCAAACAUGGCACAUAGCCGUGGACAUGCAACUGUUCGUGGUGACGAUGUUGGCAUACAUGUGUACGGGUGGGCGGGGGCGCGGCUGGCGCGGCGCGCUGGCCCUGCUGCUGCUGGCGGGGCUGCUGGGGCCGCCGCUGCACGUCUGGCUGCAGGACAUGGAGGCAAUAGCUAUGGCCACACCGCAGUUUUUCCGUCGACUGGCGAACACUCCCACAUUCCGUUCGUUGCACAUACUGUUUUACAAUAACCUCACCUGCUACGUCGGCGGCCUCGCCACCGGCACUCUCGUCUACCGGCUGCAGAAGGACAACGUAGACCUGUCUAAAUAUAAGAAGUGGGGGGUGCUGAGCUGGCUGCUGGUGCCGGGCAUUGCGUGCUUGUUCCUGACGGGGCGAGGUUUCUACGAGGCGGGGGCGGGGCUGGAGUCGGGGGGCGUGUCUGGGGGCGUGUCCGGGGGCGUGGCGGCGCGCGCGCUGUACGCAGGCGGGCACCGCCUCGCCAUGGCCGUGCUCGUCGCACUCAUUGUUAUUACCCUCACUAUGAGUCUCUGUGAUAGUUUUUGUGGGUUGUUAUCGUGGCGCGGCUGGGCGGUGCCGAGCCGGCUGUCGUACAGCGUGUAUUUGGUACACAUGAACCUGGUGCACGCGGCGCUCGGCCUGCGCACGCAGCUCGCCACCGUCUCACCAUUCAAUAUGCUGGUGACGUACUUCGGUAUAGUGGUGAUGUCGGUGCUGGUAGCUCUGCCGUUUUACCUGGUGGUGGAGGCUCCGCUGGCCAGCCUCCUGUUGUCUCUCUUUAGGGGUAGACAGCAAUUAGAAAAGCAACACAUCAAUGGCAAGAAAACUACGUAGGAUCUGUGAUGACGCAACGAAAGUUAGAAAGUUGUACUCUGAGCCGUUCCUUAGUUAAUAAGAGACACUAAAGUUAAAGUGUAGAUUAUUCAUUGUGAAUCUAUUUUCUUUUGGUAUUUAUGUUUACACUAAUGAUUACUUAUAGAUUGAAUUAAACAUCGACUUAAUGUGACAGUUUGUAGUAUUUUUUUAAAUAAUAAUUUAUUAAGU